UUGAACCAAUUCGAACCAAUCAAAUGUCAUUCACACUCACUAGUUGUUGCACUGUUUUUUAUAAACAAAUUGUAAUGAAUGAAAGAGCAACAUAAAAUAUUAAAUGAAAAAAAGGGUGAAAUCGAUCAGAUAAACGGGAAUUAUUUAAUAUUAUUCUUGUGUGUUGUUGAUGGCAUCACGAAUGGAUUCUACAAUAAGUUACAUUGAAUCGUGACCAAACGAAGAAGAAUAAGUGAAAAAACACAGACCUGUGACUUACUCGAAUAGGCAACAAUAGAGAGCGCAAGAAAGAGAUAGAGCAAUCAAAGAGAAACAAGUCUAAAAAAGCAACAGUGCAUGACUAAUACCAUACAAGUGCCCACGGAUUGUGUAUAUAGAAAUUUAAUUGACGGUGUGGCGGAUUUCAAGAGCAGAAAUCAAAUAGUUUGCGAUGGAAUUUCGAUUUGAUGUAACACCUUUAUUUGAAACCAACAUAAUUCGUGUUACCAAUAACUUGGUACCUCAAGGAUUCAUUGGUGACAAGCGAAGUGUACAUGACGCAAUCGCUAAGAUCUCAGAUAUAAUAAAUGAAUUGGGUGAGGCAUCGGCACGUGCUCAGGGACUAUCGAAAGCGGUAACAACAGCUCAAAAACUUCGUAACUCUGAUCAUAUCGUUUACUUGUUGUCUGAACCGACCGGGAGAAACGGUUGUGUGACAGGACUUUUGAAAAUCGGUAUCAAAAAUUUGUACGUAUUUGACGCAAAUGGUGAAACAAAGCCGGUGCCCGCAACGUGUGUACUAGAUUUUUAUGUGCACGAAUCACGGCAAAGGGCUGGACUCGGCAAAGAGAUGUUCGAAUUGAUGCUUGAACGUGAAAAUGUUGAGCCACAAAAAUUGGCCAUCGAUCGUCCAUCGGACAAGCUUAUCGCUUUUCUACGCAAACAUUACGGCUUGGUAAAAACGAUUCCACAAAUGAACAAUUUUGUGAUUUAUACGGGCUUCUUUGAUGCAUCAUCGGAUCGUUCAGCACCGAAUUCAGCCAGAUCUGACUCGAAGGUUGAUGCAAGUCCUAAUGCCGCUCUAUUUGGAGCACAUGCCAAAAGUGAUGAGUAUAAAAAACGCUUGAACAAAAAGAGUGCUGCGCCAGAAUUGCCGUUCGUACAAAGUUCACCGAUGGGACGGUUUGGAGCUAAAAGACCUACAUGCAGCAUGGCGGAGAUCAUUCAUAGUUCACCAUCAGCAGUAGCCAAUGAACCGCACAGUGGGGAGAAUGAUCAAAAUGAGAUUGAAUCGAGUCAAGCAGCGUCUGAUGCCGACGAUGUGGACGCCGGCACAGAAGUCAAUAGUGAUGCUGGAGAUUCAAAGACAACCAACAUAGAUUAUAACAAAAGUGUUGAAGACAUUAUUGCUGAUAUUGAGAGUACAAGUUUAUCACUAGAUCCGCCAACGGCGAAUGGUGGCGAUUCCGCAAAAUUACGUGAAGUGAAAUUCAAUGAUGCUAUUGAUCCAGAGCCACCGGCAACAUUCCGUAAACAAAAACCAAACAAACAACAUACCGGACUGAAAAAUAUUUCAUCAAAUGUUGGUGCGGCCGUCACACCAUCCACUAAAAUGGAAUUCGAUCAAGAGGAAGCUGAAAGCUUUGGUGUUGUUAAAAUUGGUCGACCAAUUGGUAGAUCUGACCAUCAUGAUGAUGCUGUUUCCACCAUAUCAUCGAUUAAUUCUGAAGGCAUAACCGAACAAGGAUAUUUCGAUCUAAAAUUCUAUCAUAAUAAACUGUGGUAAGACAAUGCCUCCAUCGCAGCAACAUUUUUUUUUUAAAUAUCUAUCGUACAAUAUAUUACGAAGCGAAAUAAUAAACGUGCAUUCAACCCAAUAUUAAAUUAUAAUUAGGUGCAAUAUUCGUAACAGUAUUCGUGUGGUGUCAAAGUCAUAAGCGACGACCAAAUAAUAGUAUAUGGUAUAUAUAUGUAUAACAUUAAAUCGAUUGUAAACCAUUUCCUUCGCUUCUUGUUGCAGCGCAUAUUCAAAAACAAAAAACGAUGCCUAUUCCAUGCAAUUCGAUGUAGUAAAAAUAGCUAAAAUAUUGAGACACUACUAAAUAGAACUGUGCGGUUCAUACAUUUUAUACACACGUAGUACAAUUUUACAUGAAUAAGUUAUUUGCGCUUUAGAUUAUUUUUUAUUUGACAAGCAGUCAAUGUGUAUCAUUUCAGUUCAAUUCGAUGGAGUUUCUAUUGGCAUUUUGAGGCACCGGAGAAAUAGUGACAUUCGCUGCCUAUUCAGAAGCGAAAACGUUGAUUUUGUUUUUGAGAUAGAUGUUUUAUCAAAAAUUGAAUUUUUAUUCAAUUUGCUUUAUUAGGGUAAAAGAAAAUCAGUCUCUUUGAUGCGACGAACUAGUUCUCAUUUUUUGUUAUUGAUAAAGCACUUUUAUUUGAAAACGAUGCUCUAUUUGUUGGAAUGAGGGCAAUUGAUUUCUUUAAAAAUAAAUAAGACAGAACGAAAUUUCAUUUUCGGUCAUAGCUCAAUAUGGGCCCAUACCUAGGCCAAUACACACAACAUUCAAAUCAUGAAAUUUAUUGAACAAUUUUAUAAAAAUCAAACACAAAACAUAUGUCUGUUCUUUUUGAAAAUAAAGCAAAAUAUAACAAAAUAUAAAUCAAAUUA